UGUAUAUGCCUGUGUUUCAUAGUAGUAUGUAUAGUGGAAAUAGUUCUCUGGGCACUAAUGUACUAUUGGAUAAACAAUGCAUUGGAAGAAAAUAUUGACACGUUUCAUAAAAGAUAUUCCGGGAGCUAUCUGCUGAAUGGUUAUCAGGACAAAUGGAAAGCUUUAUAUAAUUGUUUGGAAUGUUGUGGCACCAACGGAACUGGUAAUACAUGCUCUGGUGUUUAUCCAAGCAAUGGCGUUGAGUUUCCUGGAUGUUUUGACCUCUAUUCGGAGAAAAUGAAUUUGUAUAUUCAGGUUUAUCUUGGAAUAAUAAUAGUGUGCUUUCUUUGUCAGAUUAUUGGUAUUGCCGCUGCAGAUUAUACAGUUAUAAAACAACAAAUGAAAAGUAAAGGUGUCAAAAAGCUGUCUUCAGAAAGACGAUAUCUUCUCUGUAUGGAGGAAUAUGGAGUUUUGCGUACGCUCUUAAAAUUCAUGAAGGAAACUUGGAAUAGAACACCCACACGCAUUAUAUCAGUUAUAGUGAAAUCGAUAAACAUGGUAUCCAGUAUAGCACUCAUGAUAACUAGUCUUUGGUUUAUAAGAAGUGAUUUUAUAACAAAUCAAGAGUUUCUAUACUACUUCCGGCGAAUGGAUAUAUACGGGUACAGUUAUCACAACGUAUUUACAGGUUUUGCCUGUUGCACACUUGCAAUGGGAACAUUUGGUAUCGUGAUUAGUGUAAUUGGCAUUAUUGGUUCAUCAAAACAAUCCACUGCACUACACACAUUUGCAUUUUUUUCUUCUAUUGGAUUAGGAGGAUUGAAAAUAAUGGCUUCAAUAUUUUGGGCGGUUAUGCUGAAAGAGAUAACAAACCAUGUCGAAGAUGAGCUGACUGAGUUAAGUGGAACUGAUAUAUUUUACACCACAAUGAUGUUGAAGUUUGAAUGCUGUGUAAUAAAAGGACACACGGAAGGGUAUUUCUGUUAUUCUAAUAUGCACGAAAGUAUAGUUAAUUACGGACAUUCCUGGAAUGGUCAUCAUUCAUAUGUAAGCAAUGGUCUCUUUGGAAGCUAUAAAGAUUCAAAGUAUUGUUCUCAAGCUAUGAGAGAACGCUUAUACGUACUAUCAGGCUAUUAUUUCUCUUUCCUAAUACUAGGACUAAUUUGCGAUUUCGUAGGACCUAUUCUUAUCAGCAAAGAAUUUAAGGAAAGUCAACGAGUAAACGUUGAGAGAGAGACCAAGGAAACUAUGCAUUUGAUUCCAUGGUUAAAUCAAUUAGUUAGAAGUGAUAAGCCAAGGAGUAUCUUAAUAUCGUUAUACAUAUGUCUAGCAGUUUUCAUGAUGUUACUGGAGACGGCAUUCAUAGUAUUAGCGGCCAUAUUUGGCGUAUCAAACCACGUGAACAGAGACUAUAUAGAUACGAUUGGAGAUUUGUAUGUUUUCUUAGCUAUAGGUAGCAUCGUCCUGGUGUCAUGUUGCAUGAUCAUUAGGUUUGCUGGUUUGAUUAUUGUUCUUAAAAGAUGGAAGAAAAGCCUGUAUUUGAUAACAACCAUUGUAACACUAAAUACCUUGCUGACACUGACAUUCUUAAUAAUGGGGUCAGUUAUGAGAAAGGAUGAAUAUCCAUGUAGCUAUUACGAUUGGACAGUUUACCGUUUUAUAAACUGCUCGUCAAAUUUAGAAUCAACAUCAGGAGUUGCCAUUGGAAUGUUUGUUAUCGAACUGUUUUCGCAGAUAUGUGUGUUGAUCAUACAUGAUAGGAUUCAUCAGUAUACAGACAUUACAGACGAGCUGUCUCAAACAGAUGAUAAGAAACAACCAGGACUCCUCAGAACAAUUUACACAUUUUUGUUUGUUGAAAGGCAGUUAUUUAAGAAUAACCGGAAACUUGAGAUCCCUGUUGCUGUGUAUGUUGGGGCAAGCAUAGUGAUGACGUUACUCGAAACAACGUUUAUCGUUUUGGUAUGUUUCUAUGGCUUUUCAUGGUUACUGGACCGGAGAUGGAUAACAACAGGUUUAUACAUACUCGAUGAAGAAACCAUAAACAUUGGAGUUUUGUUCGAUUUUCUGAAGAUUUCACUUUUAGCCCUGAUUCCUAUUAUAAGUAUAAUUAGAGUAUGUGGAGUUGUUUCUGUAUUGACAAGACGUAAAAUCUUUCUUUAUGUGGUGUCAGGUGUACAUGCGUUCACAUUACUGAUUUCAAUAAUAUUUCUGAUACUUUCAUCAAUUGUAUUGCGUGCGGUGAGCAGGUGUACCUUAGACAGCGAGUCUUGCCCUUCACGACGAUAUGUUAUAGUUGGUGUAGCAGUAGCCAUGAUUAUUCUUGAAAUCUUAAUACAGGUGAUUUCCUUCCUUGUUCACGACAGAUGCUAUAAGUAUUUUCUUCCCGAUGAGGGAACAGAAUCAUUGAUUGGUCCAGAUCAACAAAAAGGAAUGUUUUUAAUGAUGUAUGACAAAUUCUUUCGACGAAGGAAAAAAUUCAGCAGUGGAAAGAUAGAAGUGUUUGUUGCCGUUCAUUUCGUACUAGCUGUAUUUUUUCUUAUUAUUGAAUUAAUCUUUAUUGCAUUGGUCUCUGUGUAUGGAUUAUCAUCGGUUCUGGACAGGCAAUGGAUAACAUCAGGACUCGGUAGCUUGUAUAAGAUUUCAAUGAAUCUUGAAGUUGUCUUCAAAUUCUUGUCAAUUGGAUGCCUAGUGUUGAUUCCAUUAAUCAGUAUAAAUAGAAUCAUCGGUAUAAUAGCAGUAUCGUGCACCUGGAUCAAAGUCGUAUAUGUUGUAAGCAAAGUAUUUUGUAAUUUAUUGAGGUUAGAUUUUAUACUAAAUCUUGAUUCAUCAUAUAGGUAA